AUGCCUAGUGGCUAUUGGCCGGCACCUAUUCUGCCUCCAACACCAUCAUGCAUGUCCGCGGAGGUGUACGACGAGAUUCGAGACGAGGCCGGUCAGAACCGUGGCUCAACUCUUCCAACUUCUACUCCUCUGUUGCCACAAAGUGCAACUGAUUGGCUACCUAAUCUUGCCUCUCCGACAUGCUCAAAGGACAACAGGUCAGAGGCUCAUGAUCCUGAAGAAGGUGUCCUUCCUCUUCAUCAAGUCAAUUGGGAGCAUCACGGACCUUGGUCUUGGGCCUCGAUCUGCUCGCAUCCAGGUCAGAAGUGGGUCUGCCAGAAGACAGGCUCAGGCGAAUUUGCCGACAUUGCCAGUGGUCUCGUCAAGACGUGGAGCCGAAGAUUGAAGAUGAAGCGCUUCCAAAGUCUGAAAGACAGAAAUCCCGAGCCAGACUCGGCAUCUGCAAUGGCUUACGUUGCAGCCUAUUUCGAGCGAUCUUACGAUGCUGUAUUCGGAGUGGUGCAUCGUCCAACUUUUGAAGCUCGGUUGCGCACCCAUCUUGCACAGUUCGCUCUGCGAAAUAUAGUCUAUGCCUUAGGCUGCAGGUCUUUGGGGGCAACCGAUCCUUCCUUGACGUUUCUCCAAGCUGGCAAACGAUCAAGAGCUUUCUUUCAAAAUGCGCUGUCUGUACUUGGCGAGAUGAUCCUAGGUCGUUCUGGAUUUACUGCUGUCCAGGCUCUUGUCCUCAUGGGGUUUUACGCCGAAGGGCUCGGAAGUCAUGCGAUUGAAUACCCAUUGGCUAUAAACGCCGUUCAACUAGCUCUUGCAAAGGGGUUGCACCGGGCACCUUCUCGAUCCUGGAAUCUGCCAGAGGCAGAUAUAUUGACCAGAAGUUGGCUCUGGUGGGCAGUUUACUGUCUGGAAAAGCAGAUCGUCCAAAGAAGUGGUCGGCCAUCAACCAUUGACGACGACAACAUCAGCACUCCAAUACCGCUCAAGGCACCUCCAGGCAGUUUAAUCGAUGUGGAGGUUUUUACAUUGUUCAUCAGGAAUGCACAAAUCCCCAGCCAGAUCGCCAAGCGGAUAAUGUCGGUGAAAGCCUCUCGACAGUCUCCAGCGGAAGCCAUGCAAACUUAUCUACCUCCACUUCUCCAUCUGGGGCAAUUUCGUGGCGGCACAUAUCAUUUUUUCUACCCCUGGGUUGCAGUUCGUUUCCGUUCCGAGUCCGAUCCUGCUGUUCGAAACCAAGUCAUACAUUCUGCCGAGACUGUCGCUUACGCCGCCAGGCAGAUUAUCUUGGUCCUAAGAACGAUCACGACGGAUGCCGCCAUAGCUCAUUGGCUGGCAUUCUACUUCCCAAUCUAUGCUCAUACGAACCUUCUUAUGUACAUACUGAUGGACCCAUCUCAAUCUAGCGCCACAGGGGACCUCGCACUACUCGACAUUUGUGCGGGCCACUUCGGUCAUGUUGAGCAUGCAACCAGUACUGAAAUGUCGUUCCACUUUCCACGGGAUUCGGCAGCCCUUUGUGCAAAGGUCGUAAGGGCCGCAAUGCAAGCCGACAGGGAUAACGUCACGGUCCCAGUAACACCCCAGGCAUUGUCUGCUUUGGAAGACGCAGAGAUGUCGAUUGGAACUGCUGAUGUGGGCAACGGAACGGAUCUGCGGUUGUUUCUAGAGCCGCAUAACCCGGUUAGUACAACCUCAGUACACAAAUACUGA